AUGUCGAAAUCAACCGAGCUAUUUUGUCGUUUUCCUAGAUCAGUGGAGCUUAUACAAGACUUUGAGGAAAUAACCCCUAGUCCGAAGGCCCAAGGUGAGUGCAGAUGUGCUCUCUACUCAGGAAAUGGGCAAGUUUUUGCGUACACGCAACCAAGUGAAGUUGUCAUUUUAGACACAUCUAGCCAAGCCCAGCUUUAUCAUCGUAUUGAGAUACCCGAUGUUUUCGAUUUGAGCUUUUCACCAAAGGGGACAUACUUGUGUCUUUGGUGUAAGCCAGUGCUAUUGAACAAGGAGAAUGGGACUUGGAACAAGAAUUUGAAAAUUUUCAACAUAAAGUCAAAGGCCAUAAUUGCUGAGUGGAGUGCUAAGCACCAAAAUGGAUGGAAGCCUCAGUUUACUAGUGAAGAAACAUUAUUGAGUAGAGGUGUGAAUAAUCGCGAGAUUCAAUUCUUUGAAGUGGUCGCCGACAGUGAUUCUGAGAUCAAUAUGAACCAACCUUCGUUUAAGUACAAGUUGGAAGACGCAAAAGGUACUUUUCAAAACUUUCAAAUUUCUCCGGGCAAGAACCCCAGUGUUGCUGUGUUUGUUCCUGAGAAAUCAGGAAAACCAGCUAGUGUACUCAUCUAUAACAUCCCCAAUUUUAAUCAACCUGUUUGCUUCAAGAAUUUUUUCAAAGCGGAGAGAUGUUCAUUAAAAUGGAAUUCGUUAGGAACUGCAUUGUUAGCAUUGGCAUCAACUGACCACGACACUUCAAACAAGUCUUAUUAUGGAGAAACUAAUCUCUACUUAUUGGGGAUCGCUGGAUCUUAUAAUUCGAGAAUUGAUUUGACCAAGGAAGGGCCAAUUCACGAUAUCACAUGGUCACCAACUGCCCGUGAAUUUGCAGUUUCAUACGGAUACAUGCCUUCUGAAACUACUUUUUUUGAUGCUAGAGGCAAUGCCAUUCAUUCCUUGCCCACAGCAUCAAGAAACACUAUUUUGUACUCUCCUCAUGCCAAGUUUGUUUUGGUUGCAGGAUUUGGGAACUUGCAAGGGACCGUUGAUGUGUAUGAUCGUCAGAAUAAAUUUUCUAAAGUUGUUUCAUUUGAAGCUUCAAACACAUCAGUUUGUGAAUGGUCUCCGUGUGGACGUUAUAUCUUGACCGCUACAACGUCUCCAAGGUUGAGAGUUGACAACGGUUUGAAAGUUUGGCAUGCAAGUGGGAAGCUUAUCUAUUUGAAGGAGUUUCCGGAAUUGUUUUCAAUUGGAUGGAAACCACAGGAAUUGUCACACUUCCCUCCAUUGAAGACAUUAGAACCAGCUCCGGAGGCACACGAAUCUGCUAAAGAGUACACUGCUAAACGUGAGGCUGUUGCCAAUGCUGCUGCAAAGAAACCUGCAGGCGCUUAUCGUCCACCACAUGCGCGAGGAAGUGCUGCACUGAGUUCCGCCUCAAGCUUGUACCAAAAGGAACUUGAAAACAACAUGAAGAAUGGAACACCUCCACCACCAGGCUUGUCGAGAAAUGGUGGUGGCAGGGUCAGAACUGUUCCUGGUGCAGCACCCGUUGUUGAAAAGGAAAGUAAAGCUGCCGCUAAAAAUAGAAAGAAGAGGGAAGCGAAAAAGACGAAAGAAGAUUCACCCGCUCCAACUUCGUCCGGCACUGAUGCCGAAGUUGCUGCGACUGGAUCAGGGGUGAUUGGAGGUGUAGUUUCGGUCGAGGAAAAGAAGAUCAGAUCUUUGUUGAAGAAAUUAAGAGCAAUUGAGCAAUUAAAGAUGAAACAAGCCAGUGGUGAGCCUUUGGAGGACACCCAAGUGAUUAAAAUUUCCAAAGAGGAUGAAAUCAGAUCUGAGUUGCUUGCACUUGGAUGGAGCGAAUAG